AUGCAGCUCUGGAGUUUGCUGCUGCCUCUUGCGCUUCUUUGUACAGCCGUAGCCAGUGGACCCGAAUGUGGGAUGGACGAGCGCUCCCGCAGGGCAAAAAGGGACACCAGGCACACCCGCCAGAUCCACUACACCGCCCUGGGCACCUGUGCCACCAGGUUAGCCUGAGGCAGGCGUUCCACUGCUAGUCUGGAGCCUCUGCCUGUCCCCCGCAGGAGGCAACAGCGGGAGGUAAAGGGCGAAGAGGAUUCCCUUACCCCAUGCAGGGCACUCUAUUUCAGUGGACAAGGUGAUCAGCUGCGGCUGAAAGCAGAUAUUGAGCUGCCCAGAGAUGCCUUCACUUUGCAAGUGUGGCUGAGAGCUGAAGGAGGACAGAGAUCACCAGCUGUCAUUGCAGGAUUAUAUGACAAAUGUUCUUACACCUCCCGUGACCGAGGAUGGGUCCUGGGGAUUAACACCGUCAGUGACCAGGGGAAUAGAGACCCCCGCUAUUUCUUCUCGCUGAAGACGGACCGUGCUCGCAAAGUCACCACCAUUGCCACUCAUCGCAGCUAUCUUCCCAACCAGUGGGUGCAUCUGGCUGCCACAUACGAUGGGCACCUGAUGAAACUCUAUGUGAACGGAGCCCAGGUGGCCACGAGUGGGGAGCAGGUGGGCACCAUCUUCAGCCUUCUGACCUUGAAGUGUAAAGUGCUCAUGAUUGGAGGAAAUGCUCUGAAUCAGAACUAUCGGGGUUACAUAGAACACUUCAAUCUCUGGAGGACGGCCUGGUCCCAGAAGGAGAUCUUGUUUGACAUGGGCCAGGUGAUUCAUGAACUAGACACCCCUCUACCUCAGCUAGUUCUUCAGGAGAGUUUACUGAAUGUGAAAAACACCUGGUCUCCCAUGAAGGAUGGCAGCAGUCCUCAGAUCGAAUUCAACUAUCACCAUGGCUACUUGUUGGAUACCAGUCUGGACCCUCCUCUUUGCGGACAGACAGUCUGCGACAACGUGGAGGUGAUCGCCAGCUACAACAAGCUCCCCCGCUUCCGCCACAACAAGGUGGUGCGCUACCGAGUGGUGAACCUCUAUGACGACGUGUACCAGAACCCCACCGUCAGCCGGCAGCAGAUCGAGUUCCAGCACCAGCAGCUGAAUGAGGCCUUCAGCUGCUACAACAUCACCUGGGAGCUGGAAGUCCUGGACGUGAGGAACUCGUCCCUCCGCCGCCGCCUCAUCCUGGCCAACUGCGACAUCAGCAAGAUCGGAGACGAGAACUGUGACCCCGAGUGCAACCACACGCUGACUGGGUAUGAUGGAGGGGACUGCCGGCACGUGCGUCACGCCCUGUUCCACAAGAAGAAGCAGAAUGGCGUGUGCGACAUGGAUUGUAACUAUGAGAGGUACAACUUUGAUGGUGGGGAAUGCUGUAACCCGGAGAUAACUGAUGUAACCAAGACAUGUUUUGAACCAGAUUCUCCUUACAGAGCAUACUUGGAUGCCAAUGAACUGAAGAACAUACUCAAACUCGAUGGAUCCACACACCUCAAUGUCUUCUUCGCUAAUUCCUCUGAGGAAGAGCUGGCUGGAGUGGCAACCUGGCCGUGGGACAAGGAAGCCUUGAUGCAUCUAGGUGGCAUCGUGCUGAACCCUUCCUUCUACGGCAUCCCUGGCCACACACACACAAUGAUCCAUGAAAUCGGGCACAGCCUGGGGCUCUAUCAUGUCUUCCGGGGAAUCUCUGAGAUCCUCUCCUGCAGUGACCCGUGCAUGGAAACUGAGCCUUCCUUUGAGACUGGAGACCUCUGCGGCGACACCAACCCUGCUCCAAAGCACAAACUGUGUGGGGACCCUGGACCUGGCAAUGACACGUGCGGUUUUCACAGUUUCCUAAACACACCGUACAGCAACUUCAUGAGCUAUGCAGACGACGACUGCACCAAUUCCUUCACGCCCAAUCAGAUGGCAAGAAUGCACUGCUACUUGGAUCUGGUGUACCAGAGCUGGCAGCCUGUCAAGAAGCCCGCUCCAAUUGCCAUUGCCCCGCAGAUCGUGGACCAAACUUCGAACUCCAUCGCUCUGGAGUGGUUUCCUCCCGUUGACGGUCAUUUCUUUGAAAGAGAAGUGGGAUCAGCAUGCGAUCUGUGUACAGAAGGAAGAGUCCUGGUGCAAUAUGCCUUCGGUGCCUCUUCACCAAUGCCAUGUGAUCCAUCUGGGCACUGGAGUCCACGGGAAGCAGAAGGUCACCCUGAUGUAGAGCAACCUUGUAAACCCAGUGUCAGGACUUGGAGUCCCAACUCAGGGGUCCACCAGCACACAGUACUGCCAGUCUGUCCCGAGCCCCAGGGCUGCUAUCUGGUGCUGGAGUUCCGCUAUCCCUUGAUCCCAGAGUCCCUCACGGUCUGGGUGACAUUCGUCUCCACGGACUGGGACUCCAGCGGAGCAGUGAAUGACAUCAAGCUUCUAACCAUCAGCGGGAAGAACAUCUCUCUGGGGCCCCAGAACGUCUUCUGCGACAUCCCUCUGACCAUCAAGCUGAAUGCCAAACAGGUGGGCGAGGAAGUGUACGGCAUCCAGAUCUACACCCUGGAUGAGCACCUGGAGAUUGAUGCGGCUAUGCUGAGCUCCAUCCCACGGAGCUUGCUGUGUGCAGACUGUAGACCCAUCUGGUACAAAGUGCUUCGGGACCCUCCCUUCCAGACUGGUUCUCCAUUUGUCAUCUCAAACCUCAGCAGGAGAUUCAUGGACACGUAA